AGCUAGCUGUUUUAACAGGUAUUUUCUGAGUCUUGUAGCUAACAAAAAGCUAGCGCUUUAGUGCAAGGCUAACUCAUAUGUUGAAUAGAAAGUUUGUGCGGACAGAUGAUGCUAUGAAAGAUUCUGAAGAGACUGCAACAGCCUUCAAUUCAGCUUUACCGUAUCCCUCGUGCGGCUACGCCUCGAGGCAUAAAAAUAGUGAAGAUCAUGAUGAGUUGCAAGAUGGCAGUGAUCCAUGUGAUCUUGAUGGUGUGGGCUCAGAUGAUGACCAACCAAGUCAAGAUGGUGAUUUACCAUCUGCUCACUAUCGAAGACGUGAAAAGGCAGCAUCGGCAUGGGAUAAUCUCUUACCAUCUUUGAUCUCAUCAACUGUAGCAAUGAGUUGUAUACCCCCAGCAACUGUAUGUGAUAGGUGUAAAGUCGCGAUGGCAUCUGUGCGAUGUAAACAGUGUGGUCCAACUACAUUCUUAUGUGAUAGUUGUACGGUUAAUCACCACAGUGAUGAAGAUUUCCUUGGGAAUGCAUUUCAUACACCAGAGAAAUGGAUCAACAAUCGAUUCCAGCGGUUUAAGUACCCAUCUACGUUGAUUCUCAAAACCAUCCACGAAUGUCCUACUCAGUAUAAGAAAUAUGUUGUCUGUGUUGAUGCAACAGGAAUUCAACACCAAUUGUGUGUUGUGUUUUGUCAUUGCGAGGCUGAACCUUUAACGUUGUUAAGGUUGAAUCUGUGGGCUGCAACACCAACCAGACCAACACUAGCUUUCUCGACUGAUCUGUUGCUAAAGAUGAAAAUUAUGAUGCUAGAUUGUCAGGUGGCUGUAAUGGACUUUGCUCAAGCUUUGGAAACCCAGUCAAAUUUGUUAGGACCAGAUUACCCACAGUUUCGAAAAGUAUAUCCAGCCAUAAUUGACUCAUUUGAGGAGUUUAGAUACUACCACUUCAAGUUACAAACACUUGAUGGUAUAUCUACUGAGCCAGAUGAUUUCUGUAAGUGUCCUGCAUGCCCACAGGAUGGGGAAAGAGGUGGCAUAGUUCAUAUCUCCUAUGAUGCAAUGUUUGGUCUUUGCCGAAAAAAAGCUGCUGGUGUAAGUAUCAGGAAUCCCCAUCACCAAGGAAGGUACUUCGUUGACCAAAAAGAAGUUGAUAAUUUCAUGAACUCUUACUCGAGCACAAAAAAAGCUUCUAAAAAGGGCUGUAAUGAUUUCCUUGCUGGGAGUAUUGUAAGAUCUCGACAGAGAUACGCAGCACUUGAUGAGACAGCAGUUGCUGGACUUGCAUGUAGACAUGAAUCCCCUCUGAAAUUUCUGAAUUUCAAGUUUGGAGAAAGAAUUGGCUACGCUGUGUACCUACUGGAUAAGCUUUUGGAACUCUAUUCCUGUGGUGACAUUUCCAUUUUGUUCCUUUAUGACAUUGGGUGUCUGUUGAAGCAUCAUCUUGAGCUGGAAUUCAGCCCUCGUUUUCAAGAAGGUUUUGGACUGACUGAUGGUGAGGUUCUUGAGCGUUUAUGGAGCUAUAUGAGACGAUUUUCUAAAAUGACAAAAGAGAUGAGACCAUCCCACAGGAUAGAUGUUCUGAAUGAUGCUCUUGGUCAUUUUGCGUACCAGUCUUCAAUGAACCUAGGUGAUAUACUGGUUGAAAGAAUGAAAAAAGCUGUUAACUUAGUGCAGGGUACCUCAAGCGAUCUGGAAGCACUCAGGACUGAUUCUAGUGGCGACCCUGUAUUCACUUCGAAUGACAUUAAGCGUUGGUACGCUGAAGACAAAUCUAAAGGGUGCACAACUAGUGAAAACAUGCAAGUACACGUAGAAAACGUAUGGCAAGAAUCUUACGUUGAGCAUCUCCAGUCCUUCUGGGCAAUUCAGUGUGAUUUGCAAUCUUGUACUGAUGUGAUUGCACUGUCACUAUUCUCACGAAAGUUGAUCAGAUUGAACCAUCAACUACAACACAGGAAAAUCGUGUUUUAGAGAGAUGGAAAGCUGGUGAUAAAGUGUACAACGAAUUCCUUUAAAGCCGAAGCGUGAAACAAUGUUUAAUUCUCUUUGGUGAUAUCCAGUCCAUUGCUCGGCAACGAUGGUAUAUGCUACUAGUUAAAGCCAAAUUCUCUGCUGGACAUAGCGUGACCCAUAAAAUAUCAGCAAAUAUCACUAACAUCACAAAACAACUAAAGAAGACGAUUACUGCGUACAAUAAAACAGCCUCUUCCUGUGAUUUAGAACAGGAAUCAUUGCCAUGCGAAAUCACUUGGGAGAUUGUAAAUAACAUUCAUUCACACCUUUGGGUUUCUUCAAGUUCAAGUGAUAUUGAUCCCUGCUAAUGUUAGACGUGAUGCCAUGAACAAGUAUUUUCUUCAGCAGCGAGCCAGAGAGGAAAUAGAUUUAAUAAAACUUGAAAUGAAACGUUUCAUUUCUAUGCUGCAUAAUCGGAUUGAUAGACUCACUACUUCUCUACCAUUGACACCAUCAUAUGAGCAAACUGUUGAAGAAAUGGGGAAAAGUGGAAUGAUCAAUUCCCGCAUUCGUGAGCUUUGUGUUAAAGUACUCACACUCCGAAAAACUUUCGCACUGUAUUACGUAGACGUUAAUGAACUACCUAAUGAAGGCCACACUUGUGAUCUCUAUUCACCGGAUUUCUUUGAUGAAGAACAACAAACUGAUAUUGAUUAUUGGCACAGUGUUGCUGAAGAGCACUUCGAACGAACUGAGAGGUUACGAAAGCUUGAGGCUGAGGAACAGGAGUCAUGCGAUGAAUCAGUAGAUAGUGAUGACAUGAAUGUGUGAUUUUGAAUUUUUGUGUACAUUUGUUGAUAUCAUUGAUAAUAAUUAAUUUUUAAUUAUG